UGCAUGCAUCUCGUGUGUCCACGAAUAAGUGGAGGUAUAAUUGUCAGCAAUGAGUGAUGUGACCCUGAUAGAAUGCAUGGAAUUGGUGCGCUGUUACAAAAACUCAUUCGUAAGGAAAGUAGCUAAUCGGGGAUUUCUUGCAUGCAUCUCGUGUGUCUACACGAAUUAUGUGUACGUGUCAUUGCCAGUACCAUUCUGUAUGCUAGUAUAUAACUGUGCAGCUAAAGUAACUGUAUCGCAUAGCACUCUAGUAAUGACAUGUGCUAAAAUAACUUGUUUUUACGGGUGAUGUGGCCCUGAUAGAAUGAGUGGAAUUGGUGCGCUGUUACAAUAACUCAUGCACGGGAUGCAUUUUGCAGUCUCAAGCCUUUUUUCCCUGUGUUUUGAUCUCUCAUACAGCAUUCGAGCGAUACGCGGUCUGACUGACCUCUUGGCAAGGCAAGAAAAUAGAUAUUAAAGUUGAUGGGAAAUGACAGCAUAGGUGGAGUAUGCAGCGUGAUAAGUCCCAUACUGAGGUCGAGUGGCAGAUACGAUAUUCACGUUCAUGUGAUUGUCUUGGGGG